AAGUGACUUCGACCACUCGCAAUAAAGAGCUCACAAUGAAACGCGGUUCGGCAGAUGAAGUGCCGAUCCCUUGCCUCGACCCCGACGACGAGCACCUCACUCGGCUUCUUCCCUCAGAGAUCUUGAGCGCCUUGUUUUCCCCUGAUCUAGAAACCACGUACCCACCCGACCCCGUCGCCACCGGCGAGAAUCCUUUCGACCCUUCUCCCAUACCAGAAGAUGACUCGGAAAUGAAACAACAGCGAAAGAUCAUACUCCGCGGCUCCAUCGCCUUGGCCGUCAUUCUCGGUCUGUGUCUGCUAGGCUUUUGGCUAUGGUGGAUUAUCUGGUACAUCCCUCUGACACGUCGCAGGAGGGAGGCGGCUCAGCAACGAGAGAUGGGGCUUGCGCAGAUGGAGCGUGAUCGAGAGCAGGCGCGCAUGCGGGCUGCAGAAAGCGAAAUGGGUCCUGACGGAAUCUUGGUGCCGCGGAUCAGGUUCAACGCGCACAAGGGCAACAAGGACCCUUACGACAUUGAGUCCAUCAUGAACAUGGAGGAGGGUGAGAAGUCUCGUUCUAUCUGUGAACGCCCAGACGAAGGAAAUACGCCCGCCAAUUAUGAGAACAAAAUGAAGGAGAAGAUCGAGAAUGAGACGAUUUCUGAACGCAAGGACAGUCUUGUGCCGGAUCCUGUCGUCGCAAACCCAGCCAUGCCAGCAAGCGUUGAGGAUCCUGACGCGAUCACUCCCGCACCUCCUCGUUGAACACACAGUGUGCGAGUGUGGUGAGCUCAAUGUUGUCCCUUGAAUAUCUGGUGUCGGUCAAUGUUUUCAGGAGACUGGGUGAGCAGUGGGCUUUUGUUCGACGUUCGAGUGGUCAUAAAUCAGGUUCACAAGUAUUACAUUGGCAGGUCCUAAGGUAACAGAUUUGAAUGUGCA